GUUAAGAAUUUUAGUUUUUCUGACCCACGUGACCCAUAUACUUUGUUAUGAUUGGUCGAGUUUGAAUUUGGUUGAAAGUCACGUUCCCUACGUGUUCGCAAAUAACCUGGAACUGACAUCACAAUGCAAAGCCGAUGAAGCGUGUCCAUACAGGGAUAUAUUGUCAAACGAAACGGUAUGUUGGGGCUUCGAAAAGAACUGCGAUGCUGAAAAGAGAUUCGGUGGGAAAUCCCCCACCGUAGAUUGUGACGACGUAAGCAAAGAUCGUUAUUGGCAUCAGGCUGACUUCGGUUAUUUAAGAGACCAACUCAACGAACUGGACGAGACGAAAGUAUGCGAUUCCCCGAACGAAUCCUCGCUACAUUGUACCAAGUUCGGAUCGAUGUGUAAGGCACGUAAGUUGUAUCUUGAUCUGAGGGACGUCAACGACGGCCAGUCAGUUGUGGGGGAAGGUGGGAUCGGUGGGUUCUGUAAGUUGGAUGCAAAUAUGAGGUCAAAGGUCACCGAGGUCAAAAGGUCACUUAGCACGUGGGGGGAACAACUACAACAUUACACUCAGUUGAACUUUAACCCCUGGUCAAACACAAGCAAAUAUUGUGACGUCAUAGUUGAUAAACCAAUGCUAUUCGUCCAACUUGACUUUGGGGGAAACAUGUACCAUCAUUUCUGCGACUUCUUCAACAUUUAUUUAACGCAAAUGGCGAAUAAUUCGUGGUUCGGGACCGAUGUACAAAUCGUCAGAUGGGACCUGUCCUACAGGUACGGUGAGGUGUUUCGUGAGUCUUGGGACGCAUUCACGAAUCGUGAUCAUGUUUCACUUCGUGAGUAUAUGGGAAAAAGAGUCUGUAUCGCGGACGCCAUGUUUAGUUUCCUGCCCAGAACCAUACUUGGACUCUUCUAUAAUACACCAGUGGAGGUAAACUGCAGAGGUUCGUCCUUAUUUAAAGCGUUCUCGGAGCAUUUCCUUCAUAGAAUGGGUAUAACCAGUCACCCACCAACGAGUUUGCCGAAUCAACCGAACAAAAUACGAGUCACUCUGUUAGAACGAGGAUCGAACCCGAGAUACAAAAUUUAUAGACGAAUUUUAAACGUUGACGAACUGGGGAAUGCAAUUAGGAAAAUACCCGGUUUGGAAGUAAAUGUAGUUGAAUACCACUACGAAAAAAUGUCGUUUAAAGAUCAAUUAUCGAUGACACACAACAGCGAUAUAAUGAUCGGAAUGCAUGGAGCUGGUUUAACUCACUUUUUGUUCUUACCACCGUGGGCUGUCGCUUUUGAACUAUACAACUGUGGCGACAUACGAUGCUACCGCGAUUUACCGCGAUUGCGCGGCGUUCGUUAUAUCACGUGGGAGGAUGACUCGAAACUUGAAGCUUUCGACCAAAACGAGCAUCCUCAUUAUGGCAACCAACCUAAAUUCUGGAAUUAUAAAUUCGACGUUCCAGAAUUCGUUCGUCUCGUUUUAAAAGCGCGAUCGUGGGUGCUCGAGCAUGACCGUUUUUCUCACUUACGUCACGAUGAGCUGUAAUGACGUCACGUUUAGGUAUAAUGACGUCACGUUUUGUUAUUAUCACGUCACGUUACCCAUUGUGAAGACGGAAUAUUUUAGAUAUUUGUUGUAAUAAUGGAAUGCCCCGGUUUGAUGACGUCACAAUCUAAGAAACAUGUAGUCGGUGCAGUAGAACUAUUUAUUAUGAUGUCAUAAAGACAUCGAUGUUAUAAUAGUUGAAUAUUUUCAUAGAAAUUUUAUAUCGCGAGUAUUUUUAUAGCAAAAUAUAUUUUCAGGUUUCUAUA